UUUUCAAUAAUUCUAUAUUUGUAUAUUCCAUAUUCAUGUUUAAUCUGCAAUCUUUCGUGUUUUUUAAAAAUAAAAUAAUUAUGUAUGUACAUUUAUGAUGUUUUAAUAAGAUUGACGAUAAAAGACAACAAAAAUGGAUCGUUUCGUAAUUCUGUUUGCCGUCGUGUUAUACAGCACCAUCUUACUAAAUCCAGUAAGCUGCAUAACAUCGGAAGAAAUGCGCCUGCACCUGGGAAACGUACUGCCGGUUAACUAUACGACCUACAUCCGGCCUGUCUUGGAUCAGUCAACCGCCGUGGCCGUGACCGUCGACCUGCAUCUUAUCGGGAUAAACUCUUUUGACAACCAGGAACAAAAGCUGGUGACGACGGCGUACUUGGACAUUCAGUGGACGGAUGAGGUGAUCGCCCGGAACUGGGGUGACGCGGGAAACGCAGACAUUGAGGAAGUGUACGUACCACAGGGAAACGUCUGGGUGCCCGACAUGGCGCUUCAGAAUGGCUUUGAGACAAUGGUAGGGUUGGGAGACUCGUUUCUAUACAUCCGUAUAAAAAAGGACGGGACGGUUCUCUGGCGGCCGUAUCAAGUGUUUGAAAGCGGAUGUGAAGUAGUGAUCACAUUUUUUCCGUUUGACAAAACGUCGUGUGAACUGAAACUUCUGAUCUGGAGCAACACCAAGGAAAAGGUUUCGCUAUCGCAGGGCACGAUAGGGUUUGACACAAGUCUGUACGAAAAGAACUCCGAAUGGGACAUCCUUAAGACAUCAACCACAGAAGUCACUUCCGGUGACAAUUCUGGAAUUCUUUUCAUUAUUGAGAUGAAACGGAAGCCUCUAGAGUAUUUGAUCACUAUACUCGUGCCUGUAAUCAUGCUGGGUCUCCUGAACGCUUUCUUGUUCGUACUUCCGGCGGACUCCGGGGAGAAGACCGGUUACGCAGUGACGGCGUUCCUCUCGUUUGCGGUGUUCCUUACGAUAAUUAGCACGGAAAUGCCGCGCAACUCGGAGGACACGUCCAUGUUCUCGCUCUACAUCUUCAUCAUGACGAUGGCCAGCACGGUCAUGGUGGUCGUCACAAUCAUCCAGCUGCGAAUCCACCACCGCCCGGAGGAGCGGCCCGUCUCCCGCCACUUUUACGCCAUCACACAGUGCGUCCGUAGGAUCCAAUGCGCAAUCUGCGUAGGUGGCGGCCAUGUGGCCCGCGAUGUCAAACGUGCACAGGAAGCGGAAGAAGUCACGUGGAAGUCCGUAUCCGCCGCCAUUGACUUCAUAGGCUUCUGGACAUUUCUGAUCUUUAUGACAGUGUUUACGGCGACAAUACUGGCCGUUUCCAUGCUGGGGGAUAAGUAUCUCCAGUGAAGAUGUUACAUAAAUCGGAGUUCAUUUUGAAAUUGUUAUUAACCAUUAACCAUUCGACGUAUGGGAAGCAACUCGUACAUAAUAGUAUAGAGAAUUACUUGCACAGUUGUCUUUCUUUAAAGGGCAAGAGAUACUCAAAACCUUGAUGGUCGCAGACUACUUAAUAAAUUCUCUAUAUAUUCUAUAGACAGUUGAAAGAUUUGCUCGCGAAAUAACACUGAUGUAUAAUCUUUCACGAACCCUAACACCAUAAUUAUAUGGGGAAAAAGUUUCAAGUGUGUGCUAAAUGUUUAACAACGUUAGAAAUAAAGUUAUGUUUUUAUAAGAAAAAUAAAAUUAGUUGAACGUAACCACUGUGUAAUAGGGCAUCACCAGUCGUUAAAUUUUAAGUUGAUUAUUCAUCCUCAUCCAAGCCACUCAUCUAUUGCUUUUCUAAUACCUUCGUAUUUGUUAAAGUGACACUCUUAUUCAAAAUCAAUACAUACACAUGUAUAACAAACAUAAAUUUUGACAAUAAACCUUUAACUACUUACUAAAUUAUGCAUUUAUGGAAAAUAUUAAUUACUGAAAACAAGAUUUUAACCAUGUAUUGAAUAGCAGAAAGCGCAAACAUAUUAAAUGAAUAAUGAAUUCUUAAAGAUUUACUGUGGUUCUCUAUAGUGUCAUAAGGAAGAACAACCGUGUUUUAUGCUCAUUUCUUUCAAAAUAAACUCGGUAACUUCAUAAGAACCAUUGUUUUCGACAUGUAUUCAUCCUUUUUGGAAUAUUAAAACAAUACUAAUAAUUGUGUUAAAUCUUAUUUGGGAGUAAGAGUGCUUGUUUGAAAAAAGAAUGUUGUUGAUAAUCGUUUCUUUCUGCCCAAGAUGUUUACUUUUGUUAUAACCACUGACCUUUGUUCUUUUUUACAAGCGACGCAAUUAUUAUGCACCAGUCAAUUGUAACCUCGGCACUCCAGGUCCGGGGAAUAGCACGUGCACGGACUUUGACUUUUGGUCCAGCCAUGCCCGAGUAAAAUCCCCGCCCUGCGGGGACGAACUGUUGGUAAAUCCCCGCCAAAUGCUCCCGCAUCCCAGCGACCCUAGGCAAGACCCAUUCCCCGCUAUAUUUGGCGCGAAGAUAAAACCACCGCAUUCACCCGUCACUGCGGGGCCACCUGGAAGGUAAAAACAUGGCCCAUUUCCCCGGUAUACCCCCAGACCUGGUGGGUGGGGGCGGCCGUGGUUGCAAUUGACUGGUGCAUUACAACUCUCGAAUUACAUUACCCUGUAUUUUAAUCCGUAAACAAGAUGUUUACACUGAUGACAGAUAAGCAGACAGGUUUAAAUAUCAAGUCUAAACUAUCUUCCUCAAUCAUUACCUAUCAUGUAUGCAAUUCAUGUUCUUGCUUCAUGUACUUUUAUACAAUAAAUAUUGUUGAAACCAAACUGCAUGUAGUUUAGUCGUAUUUUUGGAACGUUAAUGGCCCGCCAACUAGUAAAGUUAAUAUGUAUAAAACGCACCACAAACUUAUGAGUACCUCUAUAACAAAUCGGAGUAAUGCUCACUAUUAUAGGAAAUCUAAAUGAACAUAAACAUAGAAAUCCUUAAUGGGUCAGGGUUAAACAAAUAGUUGGAAUUCAACACAAAACAAACCGAAUUCGACUUAAUAUGCGUUAAAAGAACUGUUUCCCAUGACUUUUGUAUAUAUGGUUUGGUACUAAACACUAUUUUCAAAAAAAAAAAUUGUAAAGUGAACAUGCUUUAAAUCCUUUACAUUGUGAAAUGGUUUAAACUUAUAUAUUCAUUAUAAGAUCCAUCCUAUGUGCUAUUGCCGUAUGUAUUUUAGUUUGAUUUGUUUAAAUGUACUUAUAUGUCACAAGAAACUAUGUGGUUUACGUGAAUAAAAAUAUGUUCUGUUCUGUUCUGUUCUGUUCAAUGUCUUGCAAAAACAAAUGGGCCAAUUGUGCAGGACUUUGGUUAAAUCAACACAAUGAUUUACGACAUAGUUGUUAAUGUUUAAAGGCGAAGUUUUUCAUGGUGUGCACAUAUAUUUAAAUAAAAAUAGGUACAGCUGAACCAGUUGUCUCGGAUCAUGUUCGGAAUAUUGCGGGUCAUAAGCUUGCGUGUAAGCUGUAAGUGAAUCUAUAGUACAGUCUGUUCUUACGUUUGAUCUUAUUGAGUGAUAUGUAUUUAAUAAGAUCCAAUCACGUUAUCAAAUACAAGGGAUUUCCCCUUUAACUUAAUAAAGCGAUUACCUCAUUCAAUUUGUUUUCUUAUUUCUGCAAAAGAUCUUGGUAUAUUUACAUUAAUAGUAGAACUAUUUAGUUCAUUAAAGCUCAUAUUUUACUUUUGGCAGACACUUAAAGCUGGCUAUAUUCAUAUAAAAUAUGAUUACUUUCUUGGCAUAGCAAUGCAGUUAUGCACCAGUCAAUUGGAACCACGCCCCCCCCCCGCAGGUCCGGGGGUAUACCGCGGAUAGCUGGGGAAAUGGGCCGUGUUUUUACAAUCCAGGUGGUCCCGCAGUGCCGGGUGAAUGCGGUGGUUUUGUCUUCGCGCCAUAGGAAUGGGUAAUGGGUCUAACCUUGGGUCCCUGGGGUGCGGGGGCAUUUGGUGGGGAUUUUACCAGCAGUUUGUCCCUGCAGGGCGGGGAUUUUACCUCGGGUUGACUGUAUCGAAAUUCAAAGUCCCCGCUAUUCCCCGGACCUGGGGGGGGGGGUCGUGGUUACAAUUGACUGAUGCAUUAUAAGUACGGUAUUAUUUUCCUGUGUGCUUUUUGUAUUUAAUACUAAGUGUUCUUAUUUGAAGUGUUUAGUAGAAUGUAAAGAUAUCAGCCGUUUCUAGUUCGUCAUCUUAUUGAUUUUCGAUUAGUGUUGUCUUUUUGAUUUUCUCACACUAUUUUGACCAGAGAAAUUUAAAUACAUUCUGUGGUGUAAAAAUUGAUUGCAUAAUAUAAAUAAAUUUAUAAGAGGCAGAAGAAUGGAGUGUAUUACCGUUAUUGUUCCAUAGAAUGUCAGGGUUCUUUUUCUCCAUUUGUUUAUAAUUUUGAUACAAUUGCAAUUCAGGUCUUGCAUUUGGAUAAGAUUCGCACCAAAGUAAACACCAAGUGCUUCUAUGUAAGCUUUAAGAGACAUGAUCAUGGUUUGUAAACGCACUUUAUACGGAUCUUUUUAAUUACGAAAUCAUAAGGAGUGUUAAAACUAAGAUACUGUCGGCUGUAACCCUUCAACAAAUGUUCAUAUAUACUCAAAUAUUGUCUUUGAAGUCCAUAAUUUUGAAAUGCGUUACUAACGUGAUUCAAUAAAAGGCUGUAGCGUGAUAAGUUGAUUGCCAUUAUCACGUGAUGCUACCAAUGUUUUCAAUAAAGGUUUAAAUA